AUGAUGGGCAAGCUCAAAAGAAACAUGAUGCCCCAGACUGCAGAGAAGAAAAGACGAGUCCAUUUAGCCAAGGCCAAGAAGAAACAUCAUGAAAGAGCUGCAUCUCUUAUUAGGCUGACCAGUUGCAUUUUUAAGAGGCCAGUCACAAGCAUAACGUCCCAUCCUGGCAAUGAGGUCAGGUACAAUCAAUGGGACAGGGCCUUGGAGAAGCCCCAGCAAAUCUCUGCAUACAGGAGACUGCAGGGACUCCAGGCCUGCAGCAGUGAAGGAGAAAUUUUAAGCACUUUGGACUUCAUAAAUACCUCACAAGUAAUUGCACCAGGAAGUAUGGGUGUAGGGUAUCUACCUAGUGGCCCUGGGCCCAGCACGGUACCAUCUUCAGCUUGGGCAGGGAUGGUCCCAGAAGUGGGUCUCUGUCUCCCACCACCCAUCUGCAGACAGCCAGUAACACCUGGAGAUAUCCGGAGACAGACUUGGAAAGUGAAAAAAGCCAGAGAGAGACUGGCUGAAGCCUUGAGGGCAGACAGGCUUGCCAGGGAGGUGGAGAGAGCCAGAAGCCAAGAGGAACGCUCUGACAACUAG